AUGGUGACUACGCAGAGUAUUUCCCGACAACGACCUGGUUCCGCCUGCGAGGAAUGUCGUCGACGCAAGGUCCGCUGUGACCGUCGGCGCCCACAAUGCCAAGUGUGCUUUGAGACUGGGAUCGAUUGUAAGAUAAGCACCACGAGACUUCCACGGGGGCCGCGAAAGGGUCAGCUACGUACAUUAAGAACACGAAUCGCUGCUCUUGAACGAUGCCUGGCGGAUCAGCAUCCGGGAAUCAAUCAGCAAAUGGCAGGGCUGUUUGAUGGUUCUGGAGUUGAAUGUGAUUCUGAAGAAGAUUCUCUCCGUGAUAGAACUACACUGCCUGAACAAAUUCCCGAAAUAUGUUCCGACGAUCAGCAAGGAGGUGGGUCGCCACGGUCCCCCAACCCUCAGUCCCGAUCAUGCGGACUAGUCUCCGAUCUAAUGCGCGCAGAUCUAGACCAAUUAUACUUUGAUCGUGUGCAUCCCUUUGCUCCCAUGUUACAGCGCUGGCGCUAUCACGUCUGGGCGAAACAGCCCAGGAAGAGCGAAGCUCAGGUAUGCCUGCAGUAUGCCAUGUGGACGGUGGCCGCUUCCUUAUCGGCCCAUUUUCAAUGUCUCCGAGACACCUUGUACCAGGAAACGCGCCGGAUGUUGGAUGCCAUGGACCUCCAAAGCCCCAUUGGCGGGAUAGUAGCAGUGGAGCAAGCCCAGGCAUGGGUAUUGGUUUCUGUUUAUGAGUACAUGCAACUGUCACCUCAGCAGGCUUGGAUGAGUGCUGGCAGAUGUUGUCGGUUGGUCUUGGGUAUGCGGCUGUAUGAGAUAGACGAUCCUAAUAGCCCGGUAACAAUAGCUCGAGAGCAUGAACCGAACUUAGUGGAUUGGACUGGGCUGGAGGAGCAGCGGCGAACUUUUUGGAUGGCGUAUUCCCUGGAUCGCUUUAUCAGUUUCCACAACGCGCUGCCAUAUACCAUAAAUGAACAGCUGAUUGCGACUCGGCUGCCAACAUCAGAGGAAGACUUUCAAGCUGGUCAUCCUGCAGCAACCCAGUUUCUGUCGGAAGUGAUGACGAGCUACGCAAGCAGCCAUAGCUCUAACGGCCAAGCAUCCUUUAGCGAAAGCGUCAUUAUAGCCACAAUAUGUGGCCGAGCACUCUUGCACAGACAGCAGUCGGCGGUGGAGCAGAUGAAUGGAGAUUUGGCUGAUGGACUGUGGACUCGGCAUCAAUGGUUGCACGAAAUGCUCACCUAUCGGAUCCAGGUGCUCUCCGUGUCAGCUCAUGUCGACCCAAUGCUCAUUUUCGCGAGGACUGUAGCGCAAACCUUGGUUCUGUUUCUACAUAGCGUAUUAGAGGGGAUAACAUGGACGACAGGCGAGCAUUUGCUAGGUAUCUUCGAGUACGAGCGUCUUUGCGUGAUGGCGGCGCACGAAGUUGUUAGCUUAGUAAAGCUACAGGGGCAAUUAGGAUAUUUCAAGGAACUGCAUGAGUGCCUGCAGGAUUUAGAUCGAGUGAAGAAUCUGAGCCAGAGUCCUGGGAUACCUGUUUAA